AUGCCACUGAGGCUCUUGUCAUGUGCCCCGCGACCAAUAUCAAACCCUCCUGGACCGGGAUAUCAAUCACCCACAACCCUACCCGCCCUCCUGCGCCUUAGACCCGCCUGGGCCAGCCCCAACCCCCAGGCCGCGCCUUCCUCUCAACAAGAGCUCCGAGAUGCGGAGGAGGACUGGUCGCUGAUUCGCCUGCUCCUACCUCGCCUGAAGAACACCCCACUUGAAGACUACACCACGGCCCAAGUCAAGAAAGACGCCGACGCCAGCGACGAGGCCGACGCCGACGCCGCAGGCCGCGCUGUCGCGGCUGACGGGGACAUCGAGGACGAGCCAAAGCCCGAGGAGGAUGAGGGCCCGAAGCAGCCGCUCAAGGGCGACUUCAAGGCAACUCUGAUAGAGGGAGACUGA